AUGGCCAAAAUUGUGAGCACAAUUGGGGAAAUGGUGCGUCAAGAUAGAGCAACAGGGAAUUGGGAGAAACUACAGUUUGCUAGGGCGCUUAUUGAAGUGAACUUGACUAAAGAUCUACCUGCUCAAAUUAAAUUUGAUGAUGAAAAAGGGGAUUAUGUGUAUGUUGAGGUAUUCUAUGAAUGGAAACCUGAGUUAUGCUCUCAGUGCCAAGGGAUUGGCCAUGUUAAAGAAGAUUGUAGGAAGAGGUUGCAGUCAUCCAUCAACAGCUCCAAGGACUUGACCAAAAGAGAGAUCUUUCCUCUUGGUGAAGAACUCUCCAACUACGUUGUGGGAAAAGAAUUGAGGGGUUGUGUUGAGAGAGACAUGAAGAGAGUGGUGGGCAUUCAGUGCUAUAAAGGGAUUAGAAAUAGGGAAGGAUUGCCAAGCAGAAGACAACGAACAAGGACGAAUGCUCAAACCAAGAAAAGUCAUCUGCCUAUUCCUCUUGCAUUGAGGAAGAAAUAG